AUGCGGCGCUGCGUGGCGCCCUUAUGGCUGCCGUACCGCGGCAUCGUGCGGGAUUGGUGUGGUUCGUGUGGAUAUGUGGCGACCAGUCGGCGUUGGUGCCAGUCGUUGCGUCUUCCUUCCGUGGAGUUUGCCGCUCCACGCUCCCAGACGCACGAGGAUCUUGCGUAUGCGUCUUGCCCCAUAUGUGGUCGCCUGAUGCAUAUGUGUGACAUGCUCACUCACCUCACAACUGCCCACCGCGAGUUGAACCAGGCACAUUGCAAGAAAAUCUGCAGCGCGCGGCUGGAGCUCUACCAAAAGGUGAUUGGCGUUCCGCUAAAGAAGAUGGAGCUUACCACUUCUGGGCGUCGCGUGCUGGACUUCCUGCCCACUGUGCUGCCGUCCGGCUACAUCUGCAACUGGUGCGACAAGAAGAAUGAUGUUUACCCCACGCGGGAUAAGUUUCUCAAGCACGUGGCCGACGUCCACGCAGAGAUUGACUUGGAGGACGUCGAGCAGCACGUCCCGCUUCUGCCACGCGGUGUGGUGGAGGAGAAGAGUAGCGUCCGAGAUGAGAUGUGGCCCACACGGCGUCUGAGUGGUGUUGAGGCCGUUGCUGAAACGUUUACCCUUCCGUCCACUGCCCGGCGCCAGACAACCAUUUCAGUCCCGCGCGUGAUUGACAAGCGAGUGGCUGAACAGCCGGGGGCGUUCAGUGACACAGAGUUUCCGUGCGAGUUGUGCAACAAGGUGUUCCAGAGCGAGAUGGACCUGCUGCAGCAUCUCGAGACGCGGCAUCCAGACGGAACCGCUGAGGGGUCCGCUGACGUGGAUCAUUCCGCCAUCGCCGAUGUUGCGGAGUUCACUGCGAAAGAGGCGACGAUGGGCGGCAGCCAGCGUGUGCACGUCAUCUGCGACCUUUGCCCGUCCUCGUCGAAGGUGUACACGAUGCCGUCCGCUCUUUUUUCCCACAUACGUUUCAAGCACCCCGGCGAGGAUGCCGCGUACCACGUGGAGCGCCUCAUUCGCACACAGAAAGACCAGUCAUUUGUUUGUAAGGUUUGCAGCAAGGCAUUUGCCACAUCCGAGGCACUGGAGGGUCACUUUAGAAACAAACACACCGAACCGGCGAGUGCGCCGGUGGGGCAGGCACCUGUGGCGAUGAAUAACUGCUGGUGGUGCCACGACUGCGAGAAGGGGUUUUCAUCCGCGAAGGGGCUGCAUGGGCACAUGCAGAACAAACACGGUCUUUCUUCACAGAUACAUCCCUGUCCGGCGUGUAAGCGCGUGUUUGCAGACGUUUACUCGCUGGAGGAGCACAUCACUUUGACGCACAAAACGAUUCAUCUGCAUGAUAUUGGGCUUCAGACACAUGCGAAGUGUGCCACCUGCGAGCGUUCCUUUUUAACCUACGAGGAUCUGCACCGCCAUGCCGUCAAACAUCACAAAAAAGAUCCCCGGGCGCCUAUUCGCCCCUUUGAGGCCACAGCCUCCUCGUCGCCACCAAGGAACAAGGAUGCGGCAAAGAGCGACGCGCAUUCGUCGUUGUCGUCGUCGUCGUCUGUGUCCGCGCCACGCAAGGUGAAGAAACGCAAGAAGAGCAGCACAGAUGAGGAGUCAAGUAAAUAG